GGUAUAAAUAUCCGAUGGCCGAUAAUUUCUCAUCAGAAAAGAAGAAUCGAAAGUUUAAAAACUGUCGCGUUGUUCUGAAGCAGCUCCCUAAUUCUCCGCGUACACUCUCUACCACCUCCCCAGAUCUAUCGUUUUCUGGGACCUAAGUAGAAAAAAAGAAAUGGGGCUGACUUUCACAAAGCUGUUUAGCCGGCUUUUUGCUAAGAAGGAGAUGCGAAUUUUGAUGGUUGGUCUUGAUGCUGCUGGUAAGACCACCAUCCUGUACAAGCUCAAGCUCGGAGAGAUUGUCACCACCAUCCCAACCAUUGGUUUCAAUGUGGAGACUGUUGAAUACAAGAACAUUAGCUUCACUGUGUGGGAUGUUGGGGGUCAGGACAAGAUCCGCCCAUUGUGGAGGCACUACUUCCAAAACACACAGGGUCUCAUUUUUGUGGUGGACAGCAAUGACAGGGACCGUGUUGUGGAGGCAAGGGAUGAAUUGCAUAGGAUGUUAAAUGAGGAUGAGCUGAGGGACGCUGUGCUACUUGUAUUUGCAAACAAGCAAGAUCUUCCCAAUGCGAUGAAUGCUGCCGAAAUUACUGACAAGCUCGGCCUGCACUCACUGAGACAGCGUCACUGGUACAUCCAGAGCACCUGUGCUACCUCCGGGGAGGGGCUCUACGAGGGGCUGGAUUGGCUCUCUAACAAUAUAGCUAACAAGGCUUAAAUGUUGUUCGGAGUUGCUUGGAUAAUGCGUUCAGCUGUGUUCUCAUAGCCUUUGUACCAGUCUGUGUGUUGAAUGAUUUCGUUUCAGAAAUUUUGGAAGUUCUUUUAGCACUUCCAAAAAUGAAAUUGUUUCAUAUGUUUACGGUACAUCAGUUCUACAUGUAAUGCUAUAUUCAUUCAUAAAAGCUAAUUAUCUGUUUGCCCAA